AAAUUCAUAACCCAAAUCCCACUUCUACCAGUAGAAAUGGGAACAAAAAGGAAGAUGUCUUCGAUGGCCACCCUUCUAAUCUCUCUUGCAGUAGUUAUUGUUUCUCUAUGUUUGCCCUCAUUGACCACCGCGGCCUACCCUUACUCAUCGCCGCCACCUCCUCCAUCAAAGAAAUCACCACCACCACCACCUAAGCACCAUUAUACUUACAAAUCACCACCACCACCACCACCGGUCUAUAAGUCACCACCACCACCGGUGUAUAAAUCACCAUCACCACCACCACCUGUUUACAAGUCACCGCCACCUCCUACACCAGUUUAUAAGUCUCCACCACCACCAAAGAAACCAUAUGUAUACAAGUCACCACCACCACCACCACCGGUGUACAAGUCACCACCACCACCUGUUUAUAAGUCACCACCGCCACCGGUACACAAAUCACCGCCGCCACCUGUUUACAAGUCACCACCACCACCUGUUCACAAAUCACCACCACCACCUGUCUACAAGUCACCACCUCCACCUCAUUACGUCUACAAGUCACCACCACCACCGGUCUACAAGUCACCACCACCACCGGUGCACAAAUCGCCACCGCCACCUGUUUACAAGUCACCACCACCACCGGUGCACAAAUCACCACCGCCACCUGUUUACAAGUCACCACCACCUCCAGUUCACAAAUCACCACCACCACCUGUUUACAAGUCACCACCUCCACCUCAUUACGUCUACAAGUCACCACCACCACCGGUCUACAAGUCACCACCACCACCGAUGCAUAAGUCAUCGCCACCACCGGUCUACAAGUCAUCACCACCACCAGUGCACAAAUCACCACCUCCACCUCAUUAUGUUCACAAGUCACCACCACCACCGGUGUAUAAGUCACCACCACCACCAGUUCACAAGUCACCACCUCCACCCGUUUACAAGUCACCCCCACCUCCACUUCACAAGUCUCCACCACCACCGAAGAAACACUACAUCUAUAAGUCACCACCACCACCUCCUCCGGUUUAUAAGUCUCCACCCCCACCACCACCAAAGAAACCAUACGUAUACAAAUCUCCACCACCACCAACCCAUGUACACAAAUCUUCACCACCACCAACCCCUGUGUACAAAUCCCCACCUCCUCCACCAACCCCGGUGAAAAAGUACCCACCCCCACAUUAUAUCUACAGUUCACCACCUCCUCCUCACCAUUAAGGAGUGACUGUUGUCUUUAAUUAAGGAUAGUAACAAGUUAAUAUUCGAAACAUCAACAAAAACAGUAAUCCAGCAGGACAAGGGUUAAAAGUUGUACGGAAAUGACUUGUACUUUGAUUCAUGUUUUCAAUAAAUAAUUGCGCUUUUUUUUCUGUUUGGGGUUGAUAAUAAAGAUAUCAAUAAAAAAGAGUUGUUCUUUCGCA